UCUCGUUGCAUAACAAUCUGCGAAACGGGCAACGGAAAUACAUAGCAUUGGUCCAUCCACCUACUUUGGCUGCUGGGAUUACGUUCAUAGCUGCUUGCAUGCAGCGUUAAUGUUGUCGUUGUUACAAUCACUACUAUAAUAUAAAGAUGAAUUUUCCCUCAGUUCAUGGUCUGUGGACUCCGUGGGGUGCUCGGGUUUACGGAGAUUGUUCAGUGACCUGUGGUGGAGGUCAGCGGAGAUGGACACGACAACGUUUCUGUGAUAAUCCUCCGCCGAGAUUUGGUGGACGAGAUUGCGUGGGAUCAAAUACAGACAGCGCAACAGAAAAAUGUUCUGAUUUCCCAUGUGCAGUUAAUGGCCAGUGGGGAGCUUGGGGUGUUGGCGUCGUCGGAGCUUGUCCAGUAAAUUGCGGUGGAGGGUUCAGAAGCAUGACCCGGAAGCGUGCCUGCGACAGCCCACCCCCUCAGAACAAUGGACAGUUCUGUUUAGGGUCGGAUACCACAACUCAGCGUGUUUCCUGUAACACCAACCCUUGUCCUGGUAACUACAUGCAGUGUGGCAAACUAACACUUUUGUACAUGUCACAUUUCUUUCAUUCAUUGUAAUUUAAUUCCAUGUUCAGGGUGUAAAGCAGCUCUUUACAAUUUUGCGUGCGGGACGUAGGCCAGUGGUAAAGCGCUCGCUCGAUCUGCAGUCAGUUUGGGUUUGA